AUGGUGGUGCAACAGGAAGACGUGGCGGCGGCGGCGACGGCGACGGCGACGCAGCACCCUUACUACCCGCGCACGGCGUCGAUCCCGGGCUUCGUGGCCAACCAGUGGCCGAUGGCCCAGCUCAUGGCGGUCUUUGUGUGCGCGGCCGGAGCCAUUGUCGUCGCCGCAUACCGCGUGGCGGCAGUCCGCUGCUCUCGGCGAUACUACAUCCUGAACCGGACGAGCAUUGCCGGGCAGCAGACGGUUCUGGCGCAGCUGUGGAAGGAGUAUGCGCUGAGCGACUCGCGGUACCUGACGUCGGACGUUUUCACUGUCUGCGUCGAGACGAUUACCCUCGUCUGGGGCCCGCUCUGCUGGCUGACCGUCGGGGCGGUGCUCGGCCGCUCACCCGCCCGCCACGGCCUCCAGCUCGUCGUCUGCACGGCGCACCUGCACAGCGUCGCCCUCUACUACGCCACCAACUGGGCCGAGCACCGCGCCACCGGCCGCUGCUACAGCCGGCCCGAGUUCCUCUACUACUGGGUCUACUACGUCGGCUUCAACAUGCCCUGGGUCGUGGUCCCCUCUGUCUUGUUCUGCGAUAGCUUUGCGCAUAUGAGCCGCGCGUUCGCUGCCCUGGACGGGACGAAGCCUCGAAGCAAAGUGCAGUGA